GGAGCGGAAGUGGGCGGGGCGAAGAGAGGAACCUCCUUUCUGCUGCGCCGCCAUGCAGGAGGGCGUGCGGCUGCGCGCGGGUGCCUCCAAGGGGGACAUCCGGGAGAAGGUGUGGGAUUACCUGGAGGCCAGCGGUCUGGCUGAGUUCCCACGGCCCGUGCAUCACCGCAUCCCUAAUUUCAAGGGGUCUCAUCAGGCUUGCUGCUCUAUUAAAGAGCUUGAUGUGUUCAACAGAGCAAGUGAGAUCAAAGUGGACCCAGACAAACCUUUGGAAGGUGUUCGGCUAGCUGCGCUGCAGGCAAGGAAAACUCUGUUGGUUCCGACACCACGCCUGAGGAGUGGGCUGUUCAAUAAGAUUGUUCCACCUCCAGGUGCAGCUAAGGAGACACUGCGGAUAUGUGCUACAUCUCAGGGCAUAAAAGAGUACAGUGUGCCUGUAGGUCUUGAUGGGAAAGCACGAGUGGACUUGGUUGUUGUAGGAUCAGUGGCUGUCUCUGAAAAAGGUUGGAGAAUUGGAAAAGGAGAAGGUUAUGCAGACAUGGAAUAUGCAAUGAUGGUGUCAAUGGGAGCAGUGACGGAGGACACACCUGUAAUUACUAUCGUGCAUGACUGCCAGGUAGUUGACAUAGCAGAAGAGCUCCUUGGUGACCACGAUUUAACUGUUGAUUAUAUACUCACACCAACAAGAACUAUCAAGACUAAUUGCAAACGACCAAAACCACGUGGAAUACUAUGGCAUAAGGUCAGCUAUGAGAUGCUGGGAAAAAUCCCCAUCCUUAAGAGUCUUCGGUACAAAGAGAAGCAGGCGGGCAAGGAUGUUACCCUCCAAGAUGAGCAGCCAGCCUUGGCAAACGCCAGCAAGUCAGCAGCGUUAAAUGAGAAGGCAAUGGCUGGAAAAACAAGACCACAGGCUUCAAUGGGCUCAGCUCAAACAGGACAACAGUUGUGGCUCUGUGUGCAACCUGUAGCAUGAGUGUGUAAGACUGCUCUGCAUCUAGCUGAUUCUCUGUAGUUAUCUUCUGGCCUCUCACUUUUUUUGAAUGCAGUUCACAAUCCAAACCACACUACUGGAAAGGUGUUAACCAGGCAGAGGUAUGUGAUUGUAAUUAGGCUCUGAGGAGAAAAGUAAUUGCUAUAAGCUUAGGCUAAUGAACUGUUCGUUUUGAAUGGACUGGAAUAAUGUUAAUGCAAUGAUAAUUUCCAAGUUGAGCAGUCAUUUUUUUGAUCCAAGUUGUUAAUAAAUAGCAAGAUCAUUUGGGCAUCAGCAAAUCAGUAGUAACUGUGCUGUGAACAAGCUCAUUUCUGUCAUCUGCUGCAAGAGCAACAACCUGCAGGAAGAAAUUAGUACAGGCAGCUGCUGAGAAGAGCCUGAAGCUACAGAAAGUUCACCGAGGUUCAGAGAACCUGCAGAGGUUUAUAGUUUGCAUGAAGGUAAGCAGUAGUCCUCUCGAAUAAGAAGGCUUGGCUUCCCCACAUUCCUGCUGUUUUAGGGUGGCCUUCUUACUUUCACAAGGGUUUUCUCCUGGCAAAUGUGGCUGAAGAACAUAACCUCUCCCCUUUGGAGAUGAAAAACCGUGGGGAGUCCUAUCUCAUCUGUGCAUUGCUAUUGGAUUCACACAGUUGAAAACAAGAAGUGAUUUUGUAGGAACUUAAGUAUUUAUAUUCUGCAAUGAAAAGGAAAAAAAAGAAGUAGCAUAACUUGCAGGAAAGCUGUUCUAUAAGCUUAUCUGUAAGAAAUUGGGUGUAUCUCAUGCUUUCUGAAAUGUGUUAUGUAUUAACACAGUUGGUAGGAGUUUGACCUUGUGCAUGCUGAAGUCUGCGUGAUUUCUGUCUUGAAGCAAGAGAAGCUGUCUUAAGAAUGAGGCUCUUACCACUGCUUAGGAAGCUGGUCUUCUUUAGCUAGUGACAUUUCAAUGCAAGAUGCUCAAUUGCUGUUUAAUUAAGCAAUUCAAGACUACCGAAGGCACACGCCUGCAUGACUUUCUGGCAUCUCCAGCUGUAUGAUGUGGAUUUUUUCUUACAGGCUGACCAAGUUCCUGCUUGGGUAGGCAGCAGAUUCUGAAGAAAGAGUGAAUGGGGCAGUUUGCAUCUCUUAGGUCUAUUGUUUCAGGCUCUCUGCAUGCUCAGGAAGGCAUCAGUUGUACAUGAGUCACUUCUGACUUUUUUCUUAAUCCACAAAACUCUGAAAUGUAAUACUUUUCAGUGAAUCCUUGGACUCUGAUCUCAUAAUGAAACUCGAGGAACUGAAGUCUGCUUAUCUUUUACUUUGGCCCAGAUCAAGACUGUGCAAGAUAUUUUACUAAUGAUCGAGCCACAGAAUCCAUGCCCUAAGGGAUUUACUGUCUGAAUUAACAAGCUUUAAAGAUGAGAACCUUUGCUAAAGCAAUAAUUCUUCAUUUUCUGCCGCUUGUAGUUGUAGCCCUGCUGCUAGCACCUGGGAUGGCUACAUAGAUCUGUCACCUCAUCUCAGGUGCCUGCCAAUGCACACAGCCCUUCCUUAUUGCAGUGACUAGUUUGGGACUUCCAAAGCUUCAGUGCUUCAACCCUGUUCUCUGUAAACACCCAGAGCAGUGGUGAAAACGUACAUCUUACCAAUUAACCCCCAUUCUCGUGCUUUACGAAGGGUUGAGGUAUCUUCAUAUUUUAAGACACUCACGCUAAAAACAUCCACAAUGAGAAAGAAGUGCCUAGAUGUUGCAUAAAAUUCUAAAAUGCCUUUGAUUAAUGGAUAGUCUGCAUUCAAUAGGAAAUGAAGUGAUCCCUAACGCAGACAGAUUUUAGCCCAUUUGCAGCAGAAGAGCCUGUGUCUCACUGCUGUGCGAUGAGAAGAAAAGUUCAGCAGUACAAUGGGAAAUACUUUACUGAGCCAACUUUGUUCAGAAGUAAUUAAAAAUGAGGUCUUUCUAUUCUCUCUGCAGCCUGAUGUCCUCACUUGUCAUGUGGUUCAAUGCAUUCUUUCCAGUUCCUUUCAUGGCACAAAACAAGUUAGGAUGUCGUUAUUGCAUGCCCCCUCUCUUCAAGGGUUCAGUGGGGAAAGAUGCUGAACAGCUCCAGAGGCUGCAGUGAGCAAACCCAGCCCAGCUUCUAUGGCAGCUGAGAGGGUGCAGAGCCUGGCAGCGACCACCCUAGGUGCUAUAUGAGCUUCCCAGAGUGCUUCUACCCCCUCCGUUUGUCCUUUUCUAUCCUCACUUGCAGGAGAGAUGCAAAGAGAGGAUGCUAUCAGAUGGAUGGAGCCCCUACCAGAUCCAUUAGGCUUGAGAACGUGGUCGAUUUGGAGGGGAUUUUCUUUUGCUGAAUGAUAUUAGUCACAGCGUGGUGUGUGGCACAGAGCACUGAGGCAACAUUGUGAUCUGCUAACAAUAAAAAUGAGGUGGCUAACUGCCACUCAGCACUGAAAACUAUACAAUCAUGAGGGUUUUCCUUCAGACAGCUAUGUCCAUGCAUUUCCUGGAACGUAGACAAGGCCACACAGCUUCAAUCCACCAAAGACAACAGUGAGUAAACAAGCCAUGUUGCUGUGUAGUCUUCUCUAAGUGACAAGAGUCAGAGAUUAUUUGUUUCCAUGGAGAGAACAAGGGAAAAAAAUAUAUAUAUAUCUCAAUGUCGGGGUGGGAAGAGAGCAAAGCCUAUGUGACACAGCCAGGUCCCCAUCCAGCCCUCCAGCACCCAUUCACAUCAGGCCCUUGUUCUCUCACAGGAAGCAGGCUUUAAGGACACAUGAUUUAGCUCAUUAUCUAUCAUCAGAGGCCAGUAAAAUAAAGGGGGUGGUUAAAUACUGGCUUCAAGUCAUGUCUUUAUUUAUUUAUUUAUUUUCUUUUAAUUUCAUCUUCCAGCACUUCAAAGAAAGAAACAAACGUGGUUU